AUGGGGGGCGCCGGGGGGCACUUCUGUCACACGUGUGCCGACGUGGUGAAUUACCUCCUCGUACUCGUGUUCGUGCUCGAGAUCGCUUUCCGCAUUUACGCGAAGCGCCUAAGGUACUUCUUCGGCCGAGAGUGGAAAUGGAAUGUCGCCGACAGUGUACUGGCAACGUACUGCAUCAUCGAGUUUGCCGCUUCCCGUACCUACAAGCCCUACUUCCAGAUAGUCCGCACGCUGCGUUUGGUGCGGGUUGUGCGUGCCAUACGGAGCGUGCGCGUGUUCCGCGAUGUGCGGCUCAUGGUUUGCUCCCUCAGCCAGUCGUUGGUUCCGCUCUUCUCCGCGUUCGCGCUGCUGUUCGGGGUGAUCUACGUCUUCAGUAUCUGCUUCAUGUAUGGCGCGACCAUCUACGUAGAGCAGGUUGGUGCCCGAGCGGACGUUGUCAGCGAACUGAGGAGGAACUACGGCAAAUUGUCGACGACCAUGUAUACUCUGCUACUUGCGAUAUCCAAUGGUAGGGAUUGGAACGAGUUGGCAGCCCCACUGUGCCAGAUCCACUGGGGCUUUCAGGCCCUGUUCAUGUUUUACGUCCUCUUCGUCGUCAUCGGGGUGCUCAACGUACUGACGAGGGGGUCGGCGGAUUUUCGUCGAGCGUGCCCGCGAGCUCAGCAAGCUCGACAGAGACCUCGCCACGCAGGGUGA